UCAAAUUAUGCAACAUUUUGUGCGGAAUUGAGGAAAAACGCUGGAGUUUUCGGUGCGUUUUGAGGUCAAUUCGCGUGAGUUUUCCAGUUUUCACGGCACAAAUCGCCAUGGCGUCCCUCGUGCGAGGCGUUUGUAGUGCAUUUAGUCGAAAUAGAUGCAUGGUGCGCGUGCUGGCGCCCCGGAUUGCUGGCAGUGCAGCCGUUCUGCCACAGAGACUGCUUCACUGUGAAAAACAGCCCCCAACUGCCGCCCUUCUCAGCAAUACACCCCAGGUGCAUGGCUGGCAGUCUCAGAUUGUGAGGCAGUAUUCAUCAAAACCGCCCCUCACGAUUCAAUUUGUCACGGAGCGCGUUCUAUUGGUGCUGAAGUUGUACGACAAAGUUGACCCUGCCAAGCUCACGGUGGACUCUCACUUCAUCAAUGACCUGGGGCUGGACUCGCUGGAUCACGUGGAGGUCAUUAUGGCCAUGGAGGAUGAGUUUGGCUUCGAGAUUCCCGACCAUGAUGCCGAGAAGCUCAACCGGCCCGCGGAUAUUGUGCGAUAUGUCUGCGACAAGGAGGAUGUCUACGACUAGAGAGGUGGAAAAUGUCGGUAAAGAGCACUAAAACACCACGAAUGUGUAUAACUUUCAUGUCUACAGCUGAUUUAUGAAAUAGAGAUGGAAUUUAGAGAAUAAAAUCUCCCUAAAAACCGAGAGAAA